AGUCAGUUACGGAACGACUCCGAUAAUCACUCGUCUUAUAAAAUAAUUAAAAGUUAUUAAUAAAUAAACUAAAAGUAUUUUAGUAUCAUAUACUUAAAAUUUGCGAAUUUCUGAACUAAAAUACAACGCAUUUUACGCGGGAAAAUGACGACAAAUGGCAAAGGGCUCCAUAACGGUGACAUAGAGUUAAUAGAAGUUAAUAAGCGGGCACAAGGGAUAGUGGCAAGAAUGGCAAGGAACUACCUGAGAGCAGUAAAGGAAAGUCAGGAGCGAUCAACAGUGUCCGCUACUAAGUCUGGUCUGCCAAGACUGGAGUUAUUAGAGAGAGUGUCUCACAUUCCCAUAGUGGAAUCCGGCAUAGGUGUUACAGAAAAGAUUUAUUCAAGAAUACGGGAAUCAAACGCCCUUAUCCGUUGGUACUUCACCCUGGGUGAAAAAUCCCUAGGCAUCGGAGUUCAACUCGCGUUACCAGCCGUCCACCUGCUAGAGACUCCCAUCCACCAGCUGGAUAGAUUUCUCUGCAAAAGUCUUGAUGUUGUCGAAAAACAAGUACCCUCCAUAUAUCUACCGCCUCAGGCUAUGUAUACAGAAACUCGUCGGUUCGUUAUACGACGCGCAGAUUCCGUUAAGCAGCUUGGUACAGCAGUGCUUGACUCCAGGGUGACAGCAGUCACUGCUACAGCUCUGGAUCGGGCUCUGACCACAGCUGACAAGUAUGUGGACAAGUACUUGCCACCUGAUCAACAGGAUGCUUCAGAUGGUGAGUUAGUAGUGGUGAUCAUAGUGACAAGCGCGGAGUCUGUAGAGAGCGGCGACGGAUCUGGACGGGCGAGGGCGGAGCAGGCUUUGCAACAUGGCGCCAGAUUCGGGAGAAAACUGCAGCGACGACUUACCAGACAGGCACUGGCAGAAGCCAAGGCUAUUAAGGAACAGAUUCAUGUAUUGGUGUAUGUCGCUGAAUUGGUCGCCAAGGAUCCAGCACUAGCCUGGAAAAAGGCUAAAGAAUUGUACGCUUCCCUCUCACAAUCAGAACCGGAGAACCAGGCCAGGCCAGCUACCUUGGAAGAACUAGUGGUACUCCUUGCCAGAGAAACUGCCAGGAAGGUGGUCCACCUGAUCAAUUACACACAUUCCGAUCUUCCAAAAAAUGUCCGCCAAGGUCUGUCAGUGGUAACUGGCCACUUGUCAGCCGCCGCUGAUGCUCUUUUAAAGAAAACGCCCGUCGAAAACGCUAUCACUGAAGUGAGGAGUUGGAGCACCAAACUGACAAUCCUUUUACAGCAGCUACAGGAUUCUUCCAAAUCGUACCUUGAGCAGUUGGCUAUGUUUUUGGCUGGCAAUGAAGAGCGAGAGAAAAUUACACCGCGCUCUGUGUUUCAGCAACGCGACGACUUGGCGGCAUUCAACGGUGUUAACUAGCGACAUCGGUCCAUUAUAUUUAAUUGACAUUAGUUUGUAUUUACGAAUAUGUUACCAAUUUGAUAUUGAAAUCUAUAAUCACAAAUUAUUUUUAUCUGUAUUUAUUUUAUGAAAUUGUUAUGUAAUGUUAUGUAAUAUUAUGUUUGUUUGCCAAUGUAUCUUGAUUUAAUGUAAAUGUCGAAUUUUACAAAAUGAUUCCAAUCUUCACUAUUUAUUAUUAUGUAAAAUACGAGUAAAGUACUUUAGUUUAUUUUCGUAUUUCGAAAAUAUAUUAUGUAGUGCGUAAUAAAUUAAAUUUAUAAUAUUAUUUUUAUUAAAUAGGAUCACGUUUUUAAUAAAACGAGCCUUCGAGUUUUUAUUUACUCCUUAGCAUUUAAUAUCUAUAGCUAGAGUAAGUUCUAUAACUCCUUUGUAAUUUUAUGAAAUAAACUGUUUAUGACAUAUACGGUAUAUUUUGUGAUAUUAUGACUUCAAUUUUGUAAAUAAAUUUCUGUUUCGAUAUAUUUACAAAACUAUAUAUAUUUUUAAAUUGGUGGUAGAAUGACUAAUGAAGUAAAAUUACUGAAGGAACUAUCUAGCCGAGCUUAUUAUGUGGUAGAAAUUAUUCCAUAAAAAUUAGAAUUAAAUAGUUAUAACAGUGAAAUAUUAUGAUUUUAAGUUAAAUAGUUAAAUAUAAUUUUAGGCCAGAAAUAAAAAUGGCCUAGAGUUGUGUGAUUCUACGGAGAAAAGAUCAAGAAGGCCACUCCAAACGACCCUCUUAUUAGCAGCGUUAGCUGUUUUAAUGUGGAUUCUGAGCUACGUGCUUACUCUUACUACUAUAGCGUUUUGGAAUCUCGGCCCCAUACCUAUAAAAUCAUAUUUUUAUUCUAACGAAACUGAUAUUAUGUAGAACAAAUAAACGUCUUAAUUAAAUAAUUUUAAAAUA